UUCAGUUUAGAGCUGUGUUUUUAUUGAGUCGAGAAGCUAGUAGAAAGUGCAUCGCUUUAAGAGAGAAAGCAAGUGAAGGACAACAAUGAGUCUACUGAUCUUAAGUGUUGUGAUCGCGCUUUUGGCGCCACAAGCUUGGGCAAUUUCUUUCUGCCCGAACCGGUGCGUGUGUGAUGACGUCAAGCUGCACGUGACUUGCGGCGAAGGAGAGCUGGACGUGCUGCCGAUCGCGCUGAAUCCUGCCAUCCAAAGACUGGUGAUCAAGUUCAACCAAAUAAAGGCGAUCGAUUCGUCGAUUCAAUUUUAUGCGGAUUUAACUAUGCUAGAUCUGAGUUACAACCAUCUUCUCGGGGUGCCGGAGCGCAUUUUCACUUACCAACGGCGACUGUUGCAGCUACACCUAAACAACAAUAAGGUUGGAACCAUCACCAACAAAACCUUCCACGGCUUGGAAGAGCUGCGAGUGCUGAACCUGCGAGGCAAUUUCAUCACCGAGCUGACCGCUGGAAUGUUCAAAUCGCUACUGAAGCUGGAGGAGUUGAAUCUAAGCCAGAAUCGUAUUGAAAGAAUCGAUCCACUAACGUUCGAAGGCUUGACUUCGUUGAGGAUCCUCAAUCUAAACGACAACGCCCUGGACAUCAUUCCAACGCCAACGUUCAAGCCUCUGAGGAUGCUAGCAGAGCUGAUCCUCGGAACUAAUUUGCUGAACCAGAUCCAGCCGGGAGUUUUUGAAGGAUUGACGCACUUGACUCGACUAGAUGUGCGCAGUUCGAUGCUGGUCAACAUCACCAUCGACACGUUCCGUGGUGCGGAAAACAUUCGUUCGCUGGACAUCUCGGAUAAUCACCUGCAGCUAGUUCCCACGGUUCAACUAAGCGGCUUGAAGCGACUUGAGGAGCUUGUGAUAGGACAGAACGAUUUCAAGAUCAUCCCGGAGGGAGCCUUCUUUGGGCUUGCUAACCUGAGGAAGAUCGACAUUUCCGGAUCACUGAAUCUGCAUCGUAUUCAAGCUGGGGCUUUCUCGGCGAACACCAAUCUAGACACGAUCGUGAUCUCGUCCAACAAAAUUUUGGCCGACAUCGAGCAAGGUGCCUUUUCCGGUUUACCACACAUCGAGAAUGUUAUUUUACGGGACAAUGCACUCAGCACCGUUCGUGAAGAAUUGCUGCCUUGGCUUCAGCUGAAAAACUACGAUCUUUCCGGUAAUCCGUUGGUUUGUGACUGUCAUCUGCAUUGGUUGAGUGUUACGCUGCGGGUAAAACCAGUUGAAACCGAGCAAAAUACAAUCCUGUGUGCGUAUCCCGAGCGACUGAAUGGUGAAAGACUGCGGGAAGUGACCGAACUUCUGGAUUGUCGUCGCUCUAAAUCGAGAGAUAUUUUCGCCUUAUCUAACGCAAUCUUGUUCCUCGUACCAGUGGGCAUGAUAAUAAUGAUAGUGGCGCUAGUUUACAAAGUACGUCGUGAUUUGUACUGUCUUCCCGAAUUCAACAAUCAUCGCAACGCCCUGAAAGAGAAAAAUCUCUCCAUCGGUAAAUGCAUGGACAAGAUGAAAUACCAACAGCCCAAAUUCAACAUCUACAACAACGAAUACCAGCACCCGUUCCCACAGCAUAACCAGCAGGACUAUCAUAUCUACGAAAUGCCAAUUCCAGUGUCCGAUCUGUGAGCAGCAACGAACUGUCCAAGGGUUGGAUGAACCCCGUAAGGGAGCACAGAUCGAUGCGAGAAGCACGCGCUCGCUCCUCCACGCAACUCCCGGGCACCGUUGGAACAAUACCGUUUUGGUGUACACGUCAAACUGCACGCUUGACAGUCCGCUCACAGGACUGGACCAGUUGGGGGGUUUCCCGAAAGCAAAAACAAAAAACGUCGCAUGUUAUUUAGGAGCUGCUGUUCAACGUUUGCCGGUAGCAUCUACGGAAGAACCGUGACAAAACACGAUUUUUGCCGCGUUUUCUGAAAUGCAUGUAUUUGUUAGUAGCUGGCCUACAACCGAAAGGCUGACAGGAAGACAUGAAAACAGCAAAAAGAAACGAACGAAUAAAUGAGUUCAUUGGUUUAUUUUAAAAACAA